CCGCCCCGCGCCGAUCCCUCCCUCGCCCUGCCCUGCCGUCUCCGCUCCGCCGCAUCCUCGCCGCCACCGGUGAGCAUCCAUCCAGCCCCGCGUUACGCGGCCACGCCCUCUUUCUCCAUCCACGCACCUUUCUUUCUUUUCUUUCUUUCUGGAUUCUCUCUUCUGGAAUCUGCGUCAUGAACCCUAGAUAGGUUCUCCUCCGGAUCUGCAGAUUAGGAGGCGGUGUCGUAGACAAGACAAGCGCCAUGGCUUCGUCUUCCGUGUUCAAGGCGAUGGCGGAGAGGGCGGGGCCCUCUGUCCGUAAGCAGGCCCUGACGCUGACCGACGCGGCGGCGUCGAGGGUGCGCCAGCUGCUCGGCCUCCGGCAGCGCUCCUAUCUUCGUCUUGGUGUCAAGGCCCGUGGUUGCAACGGGUUGUCCUACACGAUGAAUUAUGCCGAUGAAAAGGGUAAGUUCGAUGAACUUGUGGAAGAUAAAGGAGUAAAGAUACUAAUUGACCCAAAAGCUCUUAUGCAUGUGAUUGGAACCAAAAUGGAUUUUAUUGAUGAUCCACUUAGGUCUGAGUUUGUGUUUACGAACCCUAAUUCCAAGGGAGAAUGUGGUUGUGGUGAGUCCUUUAUGACAUCAACCAACAAAGGCUCAGCAUAGCUCUGCGAGUCUAGUAACAAUUUGUUGAUUACUUGAUGUCUUGAUGUAUAGCACUAUUUUACUAUACACCUCAAUAGGCAAUUUCAUUUCAGCUCCAUUGAGCUGAUUGUUGUUCGGUGCGCAGAA